AUGAGUCCCUCAAAUAUUCAUGAUCAAGGAAGUGAUACUUCCUCAACCUCAAGGGAGGAUAAAAGCUUUAAAACUGGACCAAAAGUCACCACUGUUCCAACCAUUGAAAAGGGUGAAAUUGAAAAUGUCAAAAAGAAAUCAGGUCUUUCAUCUCGUCAUGUAGCUCUUAUUGCCAUCUCUGGUGGGCUUGGAACUGGGUUACUAGUUGGUUCUGGGUCCGUUUUAAGCUUGGGUGGUCCUGCUGGUUUAUUGAUAGCUUAUGCUAUUGUUGGUGCUAUGUUGUUUGCUACUAUGUCUGCUGCUGGUGAAUUGGCUGUUGCUUAUUCUUCUUUAUCAGGUGGAUUCAAUGCUUAUGCUGCGAAAUUGGUGGAUCCAUCUUUGGGUUUUGCAGUAGCUUGGAGUUAUGCAGUUAAUUGGUUCACCGUUUUACCUUUAGAAAUGGUUACUGCUAGUAUGACUAUAAGAUUUUGGAAUUCUGAUACCAACCCAGAUAUUUUUGUUGCAGUGUUUCUUGGGUUUGUCCUUUUGAUUAAUUUUUUUGGUGCCAAAGGUUAUGCAGAAGCUGAGUUUUGGUUCAAUCUUGCAAAAGUUCUCAUGAUUUUAGGUUUUAUCGUUUUAGGAUUAAUCAUUGACACUGGUAGAGCUGGGGAUAUUGGAUAUGUUGGAGCUAAAUAUUUUAUCAAUCCAGGACCAUUUGCUAAUGGUUUCAAAGGUGUUUGUGCGUGUUUUAUCGCCUCAGCUUUUUCACUUGGUGGAACUGAGUUUGCUGUUCUUUCAGCUAGCUCUUUUGCAAAUCCAAGAAAAGCUAUCCCAACUGCUACAAAACAAGUUUUCUAUAGACUUUUGUUUUUCUACUUUCUAUCCAUUUUCGUUGUUGGAUUGUUGGUUCCUUUUGAUUCUGAUAGAUUAAUGGGAUCAGGUCAUAAUAAUGGAGCUCCAGUUUCUCCUUAUGUUAUUGCCAUUGAAUCUGCUGGUAUCAAAGUUGUCCCGCAUAUUAUUAAUGCUGUUAUAUUGAUUGCAGUUUUAUCUGUUGGUAAUUCAGCAUUCUAUUCUUCAUCUCGUACCUUUUACUCAUUGGCACAACAAGGAUUUGCUCCAAAAUGGUUUGAUUAUGUUGACAGAAAUGAUAGACCAUUGAGAGCUAUGUUGGUUUCGGGUAUCUUUGGGUUGUUUAGUUUCAUAGCAGCUUAUGAGAACCAAGAGUUGAUUUUCACUUGGUUAUUGUCACUUUCGGGACUAUCCACAAUCUUUACAUGGUGUACUAUCUGUUUGAGUCAUGUUAGAUUUAGAGCUGCAUUAAAGUAUCAAGGCUUUAGUAUCAAAGAGUUGGGAUAUGUUUCAAUAGCUGGUGUUUACGGUUCCUAUUUUGCUAUUUUCUUGGAUAUCUUUAUUCUUGUGGUACAUUUUUGGGUAUCUUUGUUUCCUUUCCAUAACGAUGGUAAACCAAGUGCUGUUUCAUUUUUCCAAAAUUAUUCUGGUAUCUUUACCUUUUUGUCUUUUUACUUUGGUCAUAAAAUUUACACUCGUAAUUGGAGCUUUUUCAUUAAAGCUGAAGAAGUUGACUUGGUUACAGAUCGUAAAAUCUUUGACCCUGAAGUUUUGAAACAGGAGAAUGAAGAAUCAAAGGAGAAACUAAGGAAAGGCCCAAUUUUCAACAGGGUGCUUGACUUUUGGUGUUGA